AUGAGCGCCCGUACGCCUUCGCGGCGACUGCUGCAGAAUGGCGGCCUACAAUGUCUUCACGCGCCCUCUUCGACAACACCAUCAACCCUCGGACGCCGUUCAAUCUGGGGCUUCUUUGGCAAGAGAAAGGAUGACAGCAGCCCGAGUUCCAGACCUGGCUCAGCGACCAACCCCGUACUGGACCAGUACCUCCAGAAGAAGCCGAAGAAGCAAGGCGCCGAAAGCUUGCAGCGCGGUGACCUCGCCGAAACUUCCAUUUUCGAAGGCGAACGCCAGGUACAAGAGCGCGACGACGAGCAACAGAAGGUGUCAGGAGCCGAAGCCAGCGGUCGCAACCUUGGUGCCAUGGCCACCGUCCUCGACCCCCACCCGGUUGCACGCGAGCGAUGGCAGCGCAAGAUGGCCAUCCGCGACAUUCGUAAGGGCGGUCGCCUGAACAAGGAAAUGUUCAUCAAGCGCACUGAGAGAGAAAGUGUCGGCAAGAGCGAGAAUAUCAAGACGAGUAUCAAGAAGCUGGGCCCCAUUGCCCGCCAGAUUGCCGGAAAGACCGUCGACGACGCCAUUGUCCAACUGCGUUUCAGCAAGAAGAAGGCCGCCAUCCCCGUUCUCGAAUAUCUCGAGUACGCUCGCGAUGAGGCUGUUGUCGCCCGUGGUAUGGGUAUUGGCCAGCCUACCGUUGCCGACUCCGCCAAGCCUGUCGACAUUCGCCUCAAGGACGGCAAAAGACACACUGUGCAAGAUCCUACAACCAUGUACAUUGACCAAGCAUGGGUCGGUAGAGGCCCUUACGGAAGGCUGCCCGAGUACCGCGCAAAGGGCAAGGUUAACAUUCUGCGCACUCCUUGGACUCACCUGGGUAUGGUCUUGAAGGAGGAGGCUACCAGAGUCAGACAAUACAACGAGCGCGAGGACAAGAGAAAGAGGCAGCGUGAGGCUAAGGUCUGGACUCCUCUGCCUGACCGUCCUAUUCAGGGACAGAGGCAGUGGUACUCCUGGUAA